AUGUCCAACUCCACCUCCCUCCCCCACGCUCUCACCACUCCCCCAACAAAAUGGCUCUCCGCAUACAGCACCUUCAUAACCACCCACCAAUCCUCCGUAACCCAGAUCGAAUCCGCGCUGCGCUCCCUAACCUACAUCAUCCCGGGCCGCUUCCGGGACGCCGAGCUAGCAUCCGAAUCACUACAUUCAUCCAUCCAACUACUCUCCAUGUACCACGACACGCUACUCACACGCUCCCUCUCGAAACUCCCCGGCGCGCCGAAGCAACAAAGUUUCCAUAACCGGUACACGAAGUUCUGGAUCCAGAAGAGUAAAUUCUACCGGCGGGUAGCGACGAUAUUAGCGAUAGUGCAGUAUACCGAGCUCCUCUGGGAAAUGACCGCGAAACGCAAGGGGACGAAGACACGAUGGCGGGUGGUAGUUCUUUUAGAAGCAAUCAAAGCAUUCUGUCGGCUCUUCCUCUUAAAAAUCACAAACUCCCGACCCUUGGUCACCCCCGCGCUCCCAGAACGCGAGCUCAUCCCGGAAGACGAGAAGGAGGACGAAGAAGACGAGGAGGCGUUCCUAGAAGCUGAGAUCGAAGGCCGUCCCCACCCGCAGAUCCUGGAGAAGGAAUAUAAAAUGAAGAGGACGGGACUCUCGCUACCAAGUUUACCAAAGAGUAGCGAUAUCUCCUCGUACUUGCUAUCCAAAGUCUUGACGGCAGAUGACAUCAAAUCCCCCUCCACGCUCCUAAACAAACUCCACGGCUCCGCGCACCUCGCAGAGAUCCUCCACAUUCUGCAACCAGUAAUCUACGCCAUCGCCAUGUCCCGUUCAAAGUCCUCCAAGAACUGGCAACCCUGGCUGUUAGGCUUGAGCGUCGAGUACGCCGCGCGACAACUGCGGAAAGACGGGCUACGCACAACCGCCUUGGAGAGGGAGCAGUGGAAUAAAAGGGGCUGGGCAAUGGGCUGGUGGGCGAUGAGAGGUGCAUUCUACGAGAACGUUACGAAGGGCUUUUUGCAUAGGACGAGUGAGAGGUUACCUGGCUUGAUUAGUGGUGUGUUGGAUGAUUACUUGUAUUUGUGGGAUAAUUAUUAUUUUAGUACUAGUUCGAAUUGA